AUGGCUAUACAUUUCAUUAUAUGCUUUAACAAGCAGGGUAUACUGCGGCUGGGCAGGUGGUUUCAGUCCUCAGGGCACAGUUUGCAGGAUAAGAAUUCGCUUGCUCAAAUUCUCAAGCUUAUAAUGUCCCGAGACUCACGUACGCAAAGCAACAUUAUAGAUUUCGAUGACAGGACCAAACUGGUGUACAGGAGGUAUGCUGGACUGUAUUUUGUGAUGGGUGUGAGUUUGGAGGAAGAUGGCUUGCUAUAUCUUGCGCAUAUUCAGCUGUUCGUGGAGGUGCUUGACCUUUUCUUUGGAAAUGUAUGUGAAUUAGACAUCCUAUUCAAUUUCUACAAGGCAUACAUGGUGAUGGAUGAGAUGUUCAUAGGUGGGGAGCUUCGAGAGACUUCAAAGGAGCUGCUGCUGGACAGACUGACUCAGUUGGAAAAACUACCUUAG